AUGGCCGGCCAGUCAGUGCAGACCAGCUCGACGCCUGCCGCAGUACAUAUUGCUGAUGAAAUCUAUGCGAUUUACCGCAAUAUUGCUGGUGUGCUGUACGUGGCCCCCAAGGUCAUCCGAUUCGUUUUCAGCAAAGAAAGUGUCGACAAAAAGAGCGACGAGAGCUACAAAAAAUACAUGGAACGCCUAAAGGGCAAGGAAUUCAGUAAAACGGAAUGGAAGCGUCAUGGCGGAACAAUCGCGGAAGAUUUGAGCCACCCUGAUGAUUUAGACAUCACUGCGUUGUUCUGCCUGCUGGAGAAACUUUCUAGGAUACAUGAUGAAUGCUGGAGGAGCGUAGAAUUUGCCGAUUCAGAAAAUAUAAGUGAAGAAGGUUACCUGACAACCGUUACAGCGAUUAUUGGUGGUGGUGGACAACCUGCCAAUAAUGAGGAACUUCCUGGUGGAGAUGCAAAGUGUCCACUUGAAAAGCUGUCUCGCUUAGAUAAGAAUGGCCUUCCGAGGGACGUUGAUAAACUGUUCGACAAGUUGCGCAAGGUCAGGAAUUUGCGAGUCAAAAUCAUGCACGAGUUCGAAGAAACAUCAAACCCUCGAAAAUUCAGUGAUUUGAAGACUGCACUGUUAGAGCUAAUUGAAGAAGCAGAAAGGGUCUAUUCACUACCACAGUCCGAAGUUGAAGCUCAGAAAAAAAAUGUACAUGAUGACUUCGAAAGCCUGCAGAAUCCGGACGAAAAGACCGUUUAUUACUGGUGUACAAGAUUGGAUAUGUCAGGAAAACUGGCAGUGAAGAAUCUCUGGAGAACCAAACUAACCGAAGAGAUCCUCCCGCUAGACAGCAGCAUUGUGCAGCGUCCGGAAGUAUUUCAUUCUCUCGACGUGAUGGUGAGACGGUCAAGACGUGAAGGCUCUAAUGAUCAAGUUCUUCCGUAUACAGAAAUUUUCAAGGCUCCUGAGAAAGCAAUUAUAGUUUCCGGUGUUGCUGGUGCCGGUAAGACUACUCUUCUAAAAAACAUCGUGCUUCAGUUUUUCGAGCUAGGGGAAGGAAAUGCUGAUUACCUGCGGCAAUUUGACCAGCUCAUCUUAUUCGAGUGCAGGGAUCGUAACACUGAAACACUGGCUGACGUCAUCGAGCAACACUUUAAGGCUCUGUGUAGGGAAUUAGAGGGUAAACGAAAUGUCCUUGAUGCCCUCUUACUUCUACGCGCCCUAUUUGUCAUCGAUGGGUACGACGAAGUAAACAAAGUUUCAUACAACGUAGUGAGUGAGAUCAUCAAAGAGACUUCAAGCAGCAACUGUCGGGUGCUGAUCACGACUCGUCCUCGCCGGAGUGCGAAGGAAAAGCUGGAAAAUUUGCUUGCUAUUAACAAUGUCACUUCUACCGAAUUCGAGAUCAAGCCGCUCACUGAGCUGGGCGAGCAGCUGGAAUUUUUGACAAGGUAUGAGGAGGGUUUAGGCAUCAAACGAGGUGAGAUGACAGAAAGCUUCAUAACGCUGAAGCAAGAUGUCAAAAGUCUGUUCACCGAACCCAUCAACUUGAUUCUUUUCUGCGACAUGCAUAAGCACAUGCCUGAGACAAUUUCGUCGUGGGAAAAGCCCGGGGACGUGGCGACUGAUAUUCUACGCUUGUAUAAGAAGCUUGUCACCAUAAAGCUUGCUGAUGUGACUCAUCUUGAAUGCAAAGCCAUGUUAAACGAUCUAUUUGUUGUCAUUGGGAAAACAGCGUUGGAAUUUAUUCGUGAAAACGCUGGAACUUUCUCAGAAGAAGAACUGCUUCAGAUUCAAGAAAAGUGUAUUCCGAUACUGCUUAACAAGGUAGAGUGUAGCCCUGAAAUUAUCCUCUCGGUGGUGCUGAGAGUAAACAGACCUCUUUCUGGAGCCGGGGAAACCACCUACACUUUCCAUCACAAAUCCAUCCAAGAAAUGUUUGCUGCCCAUUUCAUUGUGCAGCGCAUCCUAGCCAGCGGUGACACCCUGAAGAGUAUUCUGGAGGCCAAGCCUCAGGAAAUGAGCAGGCUGCGGGAGGUGCUGCUGUACGUGGUGGCGGCCCUCAGCAGGGACAGCCCCCGCCACCUCACGCGGCGGUGGGGGGAGCUUAAGGAGGCCCUGAGGGAAGCCCUGGGUGAGGCCCGCCUCGCUGGCGACUAUGUGAGGGACUUCGUCGCGCGCUGCCCCGACCGCGCGUGGACGGUGGCCGAGCUCGCUGCUCUGACGAAGGACGGGGAGACGUGGCACGUUAAGAACGGUCGUCAUGUUGCUUCAGUCGUUGCAAUGUUAAGUCACAAUAAGCCAUCUCGAGUGGAUGUGGACAUGGAGGCCGCGGCCCUGAGGGGGGCGCCGUGGGGGGCGCUCGUGGCGGCGGUGGGGGGCGUGGAGGUCUGGCUGAAGCUCGAACCCCUCGACGAGCCUCACGACGACCUCCUCCUGCCGUUGCACGACAGCGGUCACACUUCUAGGCCCUCAGAAAUAAUUCCCUCCAUCAUCGAGGCGUUCCAGAGCGUUGUGAGUGGGGCCUUCAGAGUUCCAGCACACUUCUUCAACAGCACUGCCGGAACUCAAAACGGUCCUGGUACUGAGAACGACGGUUCUAUACUGAGACCAGAAAAAGCGUCUAUUAAUUCCCUCAAUCCUGAUCGUGAGAUGCUUUAA